UGGAGUUCUGAGCCUCGAUUUCCUCAGCUCUGCCUACCUCGUGGGAUUCUGUGAAAUAACGUGUGAGGUGUCGGUGCAGUGCCUGGCUUACUGUCAGGGCUCAAAUAUGCAUCACCCUUGCAGCCAAGAAGCAGAGGAAGGACAGGUGUCCAGUCAGUGAGUAGGAGAAUAGGAACAGGGAAGUAAGGGAGUAGGAGCAGAAACCUCUGAGACCCCAGUGUGCUGGCCACUUAGUAGGUCCUGAGCAAAGUCAAGUUAGGCAGAGGGGUUGGGAUGGCAGCUCAUGGGUGCCAAGGCCAAACCUCCCUGACAGCCGGAAUGGACCAGCCUCCAGUGACAUCACAAUCCUGAGUGGCCGCUGAGGCACUGCUGGAGGUGGCCCCUCAUUUCUCUCCACUGAGCUCUAGGAUGUGGAAGCGAGAAAGGUGAGCAAGGAAGGCAGAUGGCAACGAGGAACAGCUCAAGCCCCAUGCCCAUGGGCACGGCUCAGGGUGACCCAGGAGAGGCAGGAACGCUGUCAGCUCCAGAUACUGGCAUUCGGGACAGAAGUUCAGCCACUCAGCUGAAGACGAAGCCCAAGUCUGUGCGCAGGCUCAAGGCGCUCAUCAUCGACCUGGGCUCGCAGUACUGUAAGUGUGGCUACGCAGGAGAGCCGAGGCCCACCUACUUCAUCUCCUCCACCGUGGGCAAGAGCUGCUCCCAGAUGGGCGACGCCCGCAAGAAUACCUAUGUGGGCCACGAGCUGCUCAACAUGGAGGCACUGCUGAAGCUGGUUAACCCUCUAAAGAACGGCGUUGUGGUGGACUGGGACUGCGUGCAGAGCAUCUGGGAGUACAUCUUCUACACGGCCAUGAGGAUCCUCCCCGAGGAGCAUGCCGUGCUGGUCUCCGACCCCCCGCUCAGCCCCAGCAGCAACCGGGAGAAGUAUGCGGAGCUCCUGUUUGAGACCUUUGGCAUCCCCGCCAUGCACGUGACAUCCCAGUCGCUGCUGUCCAUCUACUCCUAUGGCAGGACCACAGGAAUGGUGGUGGAGAGCGGGCACGGCGUCUCGCACGUGGUCCCCAUCUCAGAGGGCAACGUGCUGCCGGGCCUGGCAGGCCGCGCCGACUACGCCGGGGGCGACCUCACCAACUACCUGCUGCAGCUGCUCAACGAGGCGGGCCACAAGUUCACGGACGACCACCUGCACAUCGUGGAGCACAUCAAGAAGAUGUGCUGCUACGCGGCCUUGCAGCCCGAGGAGGAGGUCUGCCUGGCCCUGGAGGAGCUGCGCGUGGACUAUGAGCUCCCCGAUGGCAAGGUCAUCACCAUCGGCCACGAGCGCUUCCAGUGCGCCGAGAUGCUCUUCAAGCCCACGCUGGUGGGCAGCAGCCUGCCCGGCCUCCCCGCGCUCACAGCCACUUGCCUGGGCCGCUGCCAGGAGGCGGGCUUGAAGGAGGAGAUGGCCGCCAACGUGCUGCUGUGUGGCGGCUGCACCAUGCUGGCCGGGUUCCCCGAGCGCUUCCAGAGGGAGCUGAGCCUCCUGUGCCCCGGGGACAGCCCCACCGUGGCUGCGGCUCCUGAGAGGAAGAACUCCGUGUGGACCGGUGGCUCCAUCCUGGCCUCCCUGCAGGCCUUCCAGCAGCUCUGGGUCAGCAAGGAAGAGUUUGAGGAGCGGGGCAGUGCAGCCAUCUACACCAAGUGCUGAGCGCGGCCCGCCAGGCCAGGCCUCGUGGGCAGGCGACCUGAGGCCCCUCCAUACAUUUACAGAGUUUCACAUAAACAUUUA